GCUGAGCACAGGGGGUGGGGUUCGGCCAGGCUCGAGCGCGUCCCGGGGCAGGCGCGGCCUGCCAGACCCGUGCUGACGCCCUUCGACGGAACAGACCUUUUCGGGGCGCAGGUGACUCUCGGCGCCCGAGAGGGAUUCUGAAUAUGUCUGGCAUAGCUCUUAGCAGACUUGCACAGGAGAGAAAAGCCUGGAGAAAAGAUCAUCCAUUUGGAUUUGUAGCAGUACCUACAAAAAAUCCAGAUGGCACAAUGAAUCUAAUGAACUGGGAGUGUGCUAUUCCAGGAAAGAAAGGGACACCAUGGGAAGGAGGCCUAUUUAAACUAAGGAUGCUUUUCAAGGAUGACUACCCUUCCUCACCUCCAAAAUGUAAAUUUGAACCACCAUUAUUCCACCCAAACGUGUAUCCUUCAGGCACAGUGUGUCUCUCCAUCUUAGAGGAGGAUAAGGACUGGAGGCCAGCAAUCACAAUUAAACAGAUCUUGUUAGGAAUACAAGAACUUCUAAAUGAACCAAAUAUACAAGACCCAGCUCAAGCAGAGGCUUACACAAUUUACUGCAAGUCUUCAUAGCUGAAAGUAAGUUAAGUUUACUGCAAAGCUGUCUGCAAAAUCUAGUCACUGUAAACUACCUUUGGCACAAGAGUAAUGGUAACAAAUUUUUGUUUAGCUCUUGACUGACACUUCUGACAGCUAAUACAAAAUAUGGUGUUGAAUGUAAAUGGAUGCCCUACUAAGCUACUACCAUCACUUGUUAGCCCAAGAAUAGAAAAGAAGGAACUCGCCCUUUUAUGUGUUGAGUCUGAGGCUUAAUGACUGGUUAUAGUUCCCUGAAGUAGUACUUGCUUGUUUAAUUAAUCUGUAGCAAGUAUGUUAGUCUUAGCGAACUAUAAUGCUUUUUCAAAAUGUUCAGCCAGCUUUUUUUCGAUUGAAGGUUAGGAUAAACCUAAUGCUGUGAGUCAGGGUCUUCAGAGAUAAAGGCUGAAACUACCAUACUGUUGUCAUUUUCCUGUUUCGUAGCGUGCUUCCCUUCUCUCCCCAAAGCAGUAAAGAUGAUAGUCUAAAAUCAUAUGAAGUCCACCAACUGUUAGUGAACCGCUCUCAUCAACCUCUUUGUGCUGUUAGGACACUGGAAUUUAUUGUUAAUGACCUCAGGUCUUAACACGGGGAGUGGAAAACUUAUGUUCAGAUGAGUAAGAACACUUGCAUGUAAAGUACAGCUGGCCUUGAGAGAGAGCAGGCACAGACCUGUUUAUAGAGAUUCAUAUGAUAUGAAAUCAGAAAUACAAUCAUCUGACAACAGAUGAAGUUUGGGAAGUAACUAGUUAAACAGUACCGUACUUCCCUCCAAAGGAAAUUAUCAGAGUAACGGUCUAGAAAAACUUAAUAUAUUGCAGUGUUCAGUGAAUUCCUAUCUAAUGGUUUUGCCUUCAGCAAUGACUUAAGCUUCUUUCUGAAGAGAAAUAGAACAAUAACUAUAAUGUGUCCUCUGAUUUCUCAAGCUGUAAUUACCCUUUCUUUCUCUU